GCAGCAAGAUGUUGAUGAAAAUGUGCAGAACGUGAUCCUUGAACCAUCCAGGGAGACUAUGACGUGUGCAUCCAAGAGUACACAAACAAUAUCAUCUGCUUCAUUCUCCAGAAAUGGUCUGUGUAGCAGUGAACCACCUACAAAGAAAAUGCGGCUCAGUAUUCUACGAGAUAUAACUGUGCCUGUUCAAUCGGCAGUGCCAUGUCCAAAAGGCGAUCUUCGCUGUUUCUCUGUGGAGAAAAUGCAGGAAGAAAUUAAGAACCUUAAACACAAGCUUGCUGCAUCUCAGAAAAGAGCAAAGUCUUUGGAGAGGGAGAAUGAGAACCUUCAUAAAGGUAUCGACAAAUACUUCAAUAAAGACCAGCUGCAAAGUCUUCACAAGUCUACAAUGCAUGGCACAGCAUGGCAAGAUGAAACACUAGUGAAAGCUUUGAAGUUGAGACUUUCUUGUGGCUCUCAAGGGUAUAGCGUUGUUCGAGAAUUAGCCAGCCCUCUUCCAACUGAACGCACAAUUCAACGAAGAAUUGAAGGAUUCAAGUUCACUCCUGGGAUCCUGACAGAAAUGUUCGACAUCUUAAAGAUUAAGAUAAGUGUUCUAUCUGAGCAGGAGAGGCAUACCGUCCUCAUGCUCGAUGAGAUUCAGCUAACCAAAGGAAUGGAUUUUGACCCCUCAACAGUUGUACCCGACUAUAGUGCCAGCGAGAACUACCACCUGCCUGGUUUGGCAUUCGCAGACGAUCUGGUUGUUAUGGCAGAGAGUAGCCAGGAUUUGCAGUCCCUCCUCGACAUCUGCCAGACAGAGGUUACGAGUCUUGGACUUCGGUUCAACACUAAGAAAUCAGCGGUUGUCUGUCUGGCAGGAGGGAACACGGAUGCAGCGGCGCUGACCUUGGGAGGAGAACCACUGACUGCACGCAACGACUACAGGUACCUUGGUGUUACCCUGUGUGUGGAAGCCGCAAAAUACAGUCUACACGAGACCAUGAUUCGACAGGCGGCGCUGCAGGCUCAACGAAUCCUUCAUCGUCGAUGCCUCUGA